ACCUGAAUUGAAUUUUAACUGGGAAAUGUUAUGAUUUGUGGGGUUUUGUUAAUGCUGAUUUUGGCUUUGAAAUUUGGUUGAUAUGACUUGGAGUGGGUGCGUGGUAUUUAAGUUGAGAUCAAAAUCUCUUUGCAUAUUUAUAAUUGAAAUUUAUGAUUGCAACUUCAAAGGCAUUUACGUCAAUGCAAUUGCUGCAGGCUAUAAAUUGCUUUCUCCAUGAUUAUGAAUUUCUCGCAUUGUAUUGUGUGCUGUGAAUAGAUCCUACCUUUAUAGCCGUACAUGCUUGAGAAAAAGAAAGAUGCAAUUAAUAACUUUAAGGAUACGUGGAACCAUGAUAUUUUGUUAUACGUGGAAUAUUUUCAACUCUAUGAUCGAGAUAGGAAUUAUUUACCUUGGUUAUUUGGUGGUGAUCUACAUGUAGGGAAAGUGCUCAGUUUAGCACUUGGGGUGAAGGGAGUAUUUGUGACAGUAGUUGAUUUCUCAGAUGAGAAGGGGAAGGAAGUUGCAUCCCUUAUUGAGAAACAGAAUGCCAAAUUCCAUUCCAAGUUGGAAUUUCCAACUGCUAUGUUUGUUAGAUGUGAUGUGGCAAACUCAAUAUAUUAUUUGAUAAUUUGAAAAUGCCGAGAGGGGGAUCUGAUAAACCAAGUCAAGAUAUUGGAUGGAAUUUUGCUACUCCUACGGGAAAAAAAGGAGAAAUGACCUGUAAUUUUUGUGGUAAAAAAAUAACCGAGGGGAUAACUCGCUUGAAGCAGCAUUUGGCAAAUAUACCAGGGCAAGUUGCUAGUUGUCAAAAAGUUUAUGCGCAAGUAAAAAAAGACAUGGGUAAUAUGUUGAGAGGUUUUGAAGCUGCAAAAAGGGAUAAAGCAAAGAGGGCAAGGGAGUUGGAAGAUGAAAUCAUGAAGAUGACAGAAGUUGAG